AUGCUGAUAAGAAGGGCAACUUCAACGUUGAGUUCAUUUGCUACAAGAAUGCCAUCAAUGAAAGCUGCAUGUGUGAUUAUCGGCGAUGAAGUGCUGAACGGCAAGAUCACCGAUACCAACUCCAGAUUUUUUGCCAAAUAUUGCUACAAUUUGGGCCUCGAAUUGCAGGAAAUAAGUACCAUCGGAGAUCGUAGAGAUCAAAUCAUCUCGACGAUCCAGAGAUUGAGUACUGAAAAUGAUUUUAUUGUUACCUCAGGUGGCAUUGGAUCGACCCACGACGACAUCACUUACGAAGCCAUUGCCAGUGGGUUUGGCUUAACGUGCAAAUUGGACGUGGAAUGUCAGGAACGUAUGCGCAAAAUAUCGCAGCCGGAAAGCAAAUACCAAGGUGACGCUUUGAAAGCGUUUUAUCGGAUGGCGACACUUCCAGAAGGUCCGAAUGUGAACAAUUAUUAUGUCUCGAAAGAUUUGUGGGUUCCUAUCGUAUCGAUCUCUAAAAAGGUUUACAUACUGCCAGGGAUUCCGCAACUUUACGAAAAACUCCUCACGGAUUUCGCCCCAACUGUCAAGCAAAUUUAUGGUCUCGGUGAAGAGCGUUCACAAUAUUACAGAAGAUUUUUCGUCAAGACCCGGCAAUCAGAAAGCCAAACAGCCUCUUACCUACGUGACCUGCAAAGCCGUUGUAACGACGUUUCAAGCGACAUCAAGAUUGGAUCGUAUCCACAUUUUGGUACGGGGUUUAGCACCGUCAGUAUUUUAGGUUUGGCAGAGCAUGAAUUGUUUUUGAAAGAGGUGGUGAAAGAAGUUUGCCAGAAAAUCGACGGUACGCCAAUCACGGCGGAAAUGGAACAGAAAUAUUCAGAUGCAAGGUAA